AGUCUACGGCAAGCAGAGAGAGAGAAACGUUGUCAUUGUCCCGAGAGCGCUCAGUGCAGCGGAUACUGCUGGUGAUGUGAUGUCUGCAGAGUUCCUUUCAGGAAGACGAAUAAAUGGCUUUAGAUCAACUUACGGAGAUGAUACAGAGAUGUCGGGUAAUUCCAGAGGAUGGAUUUAAAGUGGAAGAUUAUGAAAUAUUUCAGAAAGCAGGCAAAAACUGCUUGGAGGAAAUGAAGACAGCAGAGAUUUUAGACAUAAUAAAAGAGGAGAAAAAUAAGGUUAUUAUAAAGUGCAUGGGUUGGAAUCUGCUGGGCCCGCUUAUAAAAAUAGUUUUAAAGAAAGACAAAACCAGCCUUCAGCACUGCCUGAGUAUGCUGACACACAUUUUAGAAUUGUGCAGUCCAAAGGAGGUUCUGCUUGGUUUAUUAGAGCAAAUUGAAGAUGCAGACAUGGAUAAAAUUGCAGAAACGAUUGUUCUGCUUCUGCAGCCACUACAGACAGUUCUUUUAAAAUUGGGAAAGAAGAAGCCUCCAUCAGUGGGCAUGUCACUAUCUACAAUUUUAAAUCAGAUUUCUCAGCUUCCAGUACCUUAUACACAAGAACAAGAAGAAGAUGAUGCUCAUGGACUUUGCCAGUGCUGUGUAGCACUACUAACGUUUACCAAGCCAUUUGUGGAAGAAGUUCAACAAAGUUAUACAAAUAAAGUGGUUGGUGAUAUGGAAGAACUGAGAAAUGAACUGCUAAAAUUUUGCAUAAAGUGCUUAAGCAAUCCUUUACUUCAUGCACAGCUGGAAAAGGUACCUGAAGUUGCUGACGAAAUGCCCAUGAGACGUGUUGCAACUGAGAUUGUAGAGAUUCUAUGUUGCACUGGGGAGUCUUUGCCAGCUUUAAUUUUUCAUCGCCUUUUAAGCAAAAAGGAGGAACCCGGCUUUCUUGAAGAAGAUGCAAAAUAUUCCAAGGAUUCUUUAGCCUGCCUUUCAUAUCUUAUAUUUGUUCAACACAUGGGGAUGGAUAAAUUUCCUUUAGUAUUUAGCCCUGAAUUCAUUCUUCAUUGCAAUAUUCUACACAUUGAAACACUGAUGAAACGAAAAGAAGAAUCUGUGUUAUCAAAGGCACUGGACUUGUUUGAAAAAACACUUCUAAGAACAAAUCAAAACAGUGUGACGGUGCAAUUUUUGGAGAUAACAUGUUUUCUAAGUGUGCCACAGGCCUUGGUGCAAAUCAUGACACUCUGCCCUAUUCAGCAUUUGAGAACAAAAGGCCUACAGAUAUUUCAACUCUACAUAGAUAUAUUUGACGUGGAGGGAAAGCACAAGUUGUUCAGAUGCCUUUUGGAGGUCAGCCAUCAUGCUGGUGUUGAAGGCUAUAUCAUACAGAACAUCAAGAAGCAAAUAGACCUAGCUCUUAAGCCAGAUAAUGGUAACCUGUGGUUUUCUGGAGCAGCACUGCUUCCUCUUCUGCGUUUAGUUCUGUUUUUGCCCCAAGGACCUGAAACAGACUUGCUUCAGAAUCUUGACAGGAUUAUGGAGUCACUUAACCUUCUGAGGUAUCUACUUAUACGAGACAAAGAAUAUGACAAUCAAACAGGAAUAUGGACUGAGCUAUACAAGAUUGAGGAUAACUUUCUAAAACCACUGCAUACUGGACUAAAUAUGUCAAAAGCCCAUUAUGAAGCUGAACUCAAGAAUACAAAAGAAAAUAAAAAACAUAGAGAAUCUAAAGAGGAAAAUCCACUCUGCACACUAAGUGUUGCAGGCGAAAAGCUGCCUAAUAUGACCACAGAGAUGCAGCUUCAGGUCCUACAGUCAGCUAUGUUCACUUUUGAUUUAAUAGAAAGUGUCCUGGCCAGAAUAGAAGAGAUCAUCGAGGUGAAGGCAAAAAAAUAAUCAGAAGAAAAACUAGGUCAAAUGAUGCAUCACUGGCACUAUUAUGUCUCUUGCUGUGUAUAGGAUUUUUGACAAAUGUGUGUUUAUCUUUAUAGCAAAAAAAAUCAAUGAAUAAAGAGUAUUUCUAUUUUUUUAUUCAAUAAAAAUAUAACAGUGUGUCAACACCAACAAGUAAA